GCUGCAGCUUGACCAAACAGAAAGUCGACAUUUAACCACUUUUUUUUUGUGAUUAUGUACAUUUAUUGCGCUGCGUUCAUGUUCAAAACUCGGAUCGCAAAUAAGUAAAUAAAAUAUUUUCCUUUUUACCUCCAUCCAAAAAUCUAACAGUUUGAACAGCGUUCCCCGAUUCCACCACAAGCUUUCGCUGCGCACGCGCGAUGACGUCACCUCCUACCCGGAAAAGUUUCUGUGCGCGGCACCAGUGGAGGGAGUUUAAAAUUUAUUUUCGGAUCUAUUUAACGUUUAUUUUCUCGCUUAUUUUAAACUUUUAUCUUUUUGCGUUUAUACUAUCUAUGAGGAUCUGAAGUGAAGGAGUGAUGUCACUAUCAGGAGAACCUUGUGUUCAGAUUCCUCCAGAACCAUUACCAGUAACUCCAGUCCAGACCACAGAACUGAUCUGUCCUGAUCUGGACCUGUCUGUCUCUCUCACCCCAGAGCGACCUGCAGACAGACGCCAUCGACAGGUGCGUUUUAAUGUGAAUCCCCAGCGCGAGUCUGAUCCGGUGGUCCUCGCGGUGAUCCCAGAACCCAGAAACACCCAAUCAGCAGCUGGAAAACCUCAAAACAAAGAGAAGAACGGUAAUGAAGCUGGCACGGGGCGAAGUCGUCUAAUGGGUGGAGAGUCUGUAACAUGUGAUGGACAGCUGAUGGAGGGGGUGGAGCUAAACACAACCCUGGCACUGAGGGCGGGGCUUCAUGAAAUGGAGGAGCUGGUGUUUGAUCGCGAGAAAGCGGUUAAAGAGAAAUUACAAAGCUCCACCCUCAUAAAGAAUCACAUCAGCACCAGAGCAACAGAAGGAUUAAACUUUCCUCGCUCUCAGCACCUGUACCGGGCUUUAGUCAGCGUCAGCCUAUCACACGAGCAGCUCGUCAACCAGGCACUACGGGAUAGGCCGGCGCUGGCCCCGCCCACCAGCUCCCAGACCAAUAAGUUCUCUUCACAGCCACUAGAGGCGCCAGAUCUACUGCCGUUUUACAGUGCUGACAAGAUGCUCAGAGAGACCCCACUGUUGCCAGGCGACCACAUCUCUUUACCCCACCCACAUCCUACCCCGAGACCCACCAACACCACCUUUCACCUACAUCAUCUGCACAAACUCUGGGAAUCAUGAACUUACAUUUGCAGAAGAUGAGGUGGAAUUGGUUUGUGUGUCGUCUUGUAAGGUUUAGUGUGUAUUUAUGUGUUAUUUCAUAUUAAUAAAUCUUUGAGAUAACCCAUA